CUGGUUUCCUUAUCCGGUUGUUGUUCGUGAGGUUCGCGUCUCCCGCCUGAGGCGCGACUGCGAAGGGGGGAGUUCGAGCGAUCAAAUCGGCAAAUCAUUUGUUGCUUCCAUUUGCUUCGCGAAUGGCGACGGUGGCAGCAGCUUCUCUGAUCUCUACUCCACUCCGAUCAUCUUCUCUUCCCACGAGCUUGUGCUGUCGGCGGUGGGGAAGUAUUUGGGGUCCGAAAGAGGGUAUCUGGAUGGCAUGUUCUCUUUUCUUUCCAAAGAAUUGCGGCACCAGGAGGACAACAAUAUGUGCAGUCAAUCAAGAUGCUGAAAAAUCUUUUAAGAAGACCGUAGAAGUAGACCGUCUUAUUGACAUGUUGAAAGUUGCAAAUGCUAGGGAACUUGAUCAACUUGUUGUUGAAAAUGUUCUCGCAUUUAACGAGGAUUUUUGGAUCCGCCUUGCUGCUAGAACAGAUACUUGCAAAUCAGAUGAUGACAAAAAGGAUUAUGAAGAAUUAGCUGCAUGUGUAAUGAGCAUAGUCGACCGCCUAGUCCAUAAAACAAAUGAAAGGAUAGAAUCUGCAACUGAUGUUCUUAAGGCAAUUUUGAAUCCUGUAGUGGAUGAUGUUGAAGAGAUAUCGUGGCCACCGAGAAAUCCUGAGGCUCUUACUCUGAUGGAGAAAGAACUAGAGAAGAGAGAACAAGAAGGACAACUGGAUGAAGGAUUUCUGUCAGAGGUUAAUGCCCAAUUACGUCAGGCAAAAGAAGAUGGAGAUAAGCCAGGUCUUGAGGCUAUGCUGCAAAAGGUUUUGCAAAUAUAUGCUUCCAAAGUACUUAGAAAACGUAGCUAUGUAUACAAAGGGGGCAAAGUUUUGGCAGGAGAAAAGUUUCUUGAAACUGUCAUAGAAGCUCCAGAGGACCAUUGGAAUAGGCUAUUGAUCGAAGGACUUAAUAUUGGAAAAGGAGAAGUUGCACCUGAAGAUUUUUAUGCUGUUAUAAAGAAACGUAUUGAGCGGGUCUUAAUACGUACAGAGGGGGGUUCUUACCAACAGCGUGUUCUUGUCGAGUAUCUUAGAGGCAUACAAUCAAGAGCAGAGGAAAUUGUCCAAGCACUUGGAGGGCCACAUCCAUGAAUUCUAGCCUAGCCAUCUGACAAAUCAGCUACCUAUACGUGUGCCGCAAGUUUGAUCUUUAGCAAGUCAAAGGAAAUUCAAGUUUGAAAAAAAGCUUCUUCUAGCGAUGAGGCGAGAUUCGGGUUCUGCAGAAUAUAGAACUCUUUAAACCGGGUGGUAAAAAAGUCUUAAGAGCAAUGAAGAAACGAUGACCCAAGAGGUCGUAUAGCCUACGAGAUGACCACAGUGGUGCGCAUUCAUUUUCUUUUUGACACAUUUCUCUUGUAAGAAUACUAAUGCAGAUAUGAAGUACAAACCUGUAUUUUGUCA